CCUACCAGACUUCAUCACAACAGAAAGAAGCGUGGACACGUCUCAGCUGGUCACGGUCGUGUUGGCAAGCACAGAAAGCAUCCUGGUGGUCGUGGUCUUGCUGGUGGUCAACAUCACCACCGUAUCAACAUGGAUAAGUACCAUCCCGGUUACUUUGGUAAGGUCGGUAUGCGUCACUUCCACUUGAAGAAGAACCCCAACUGGCGUCCUGUUGUCAACAUUGAUAAGCUCUGGACUCUUGCUGGUGAAGGUGUUCGUGAAAAGUACAAGAACACUGAAAAGGUUCCUGUUAUCGAUGUCCUCGAAAAGGUAAAAGCUCGAGAGCAACUUUUGAUUUGA